UCCCCAAUCCCACCAUUUUCGCCCCCAAAAUACGUUGCCAUGUAUUUUAUAAUAGAAUAGAAUCCACCACCCCCUCUCUACCGAACGAGGAAAACCACUUUUUUCUUUUAGGGGUCGCUUAUGUAGAUCGAUCGACGCAUUAGGGUUUCGCGGAGGAGAGGGGAGAGGAUGGGCGAGAUCUACGCGGAUUUCGCGGACUUGGUGCGGCGCCCCGCGGUGGCGGAGAUGGCGAUCGACUUGCUCCUCUGCACGGUGCCGAUCUGGGUGGCGGUGAUGAUCGGAUUGGUGAUCGGGUGGUCGUGGAGGCCGCGGUGGACCGGGCUCUUGUUCCUGGGGCUCCGGAGCAAGCUCCGGUUCGCGUGGACCGCGCCCCCGGGCCUCGGGGCGCGGCGGCUGUGGCUCGCGUUCACGGCGCUCUCGGCGUUCUCGGUGUGCCGGAGGCUGUGGGCGAGCUUCAAGGGGAAGGGCGAGGCGGCGCCGCGGAAGGGCGCGGAGGAGUCGUCGGCGUCGCCCUCGCCACCGCCGCCGCUGCCCCUGGUCGAAAUGAGCGAUGGGAGUUCCAGUGUAACCUUUGAGGGUGAGCAUGAUGUUGUUACUGAGAAAGAUCUAGAGCACCUGCUGUAUCUUUUGGAUGGUAAGAUUGGAGAUGCAGCUUGGCAGAAUCUGAUGGAGCGUACUACCCACAACAUGAUUUAUCAAGCCUGGCGUCAUGAGCCUGAGGUCAGCCCUAUAAUCUAUCGCAGCAGAACUGUUUUUGAGGAUGCAACUCCAGAAUUGGUUAGAGAUUUCUUCUGGGAUGAUGAUUUUCGGCUCAAAUGGGAUCCCAUGCUUGUAUACUUCAAGACUCUGGAGGAGUUCCCUCAGAGUGGAACUAUGAUUGUUCACUGGAUUAAAAAGUUCCCAUUCUUCUGCAGCGAUCGUGAAUAUAUAUUUGGUCGACGGAUAUGGGAGUCCGGGAAAACUUAUUAUUGUGUUACUAAGGGAGUCCCGUAUCCAUCCCUACGUAAGAAUGAAAAGCCAAGACGAGUUGAAUUGUAUUUCUCAAGCUGGCGCAUCAGACCUGUGGAAUCUCGGAAACAAGAUGGGCAACUAUCUGCAUGCGAGGUCACUCUAGUCCAUUAUGAGGACAUGGGCAUCCCUAAGGAUGUCGCAAAAGUGGGGGUCCGCCACGGCAUGUGGGGGGCAGUUAAGAAACUACAGUCCGGCAUGAGAGCCUAUCAGCUGAUGAGGAGAACAGAGAAUACAUUAUCCCGAAGCGCUCUUAUGGCGCGGAUUACUACAAAGAUCCCGACAGUCGGAAGUUAUAGUCUCUUGGAUCAAGAACAGUGUACCGAUGGCAUGGAGGAAGAAGCAGGUGCUGAUGAUGAUUCCGAAGCAAAGAAGGCGGAACGUCACGGAAUCGACUGGAAAUGGGUCGUGAUCGGCGGGACGGUGGCUGCUGUCUGCGUGCUACAUACGGGCAUCAUUGGGAAGGUCUUGUUGGUCGGUGGAGCCGUGCAAAGGAUGGGGAAAAAGAAGUGAGGAGAUGGAUUUUACUUGUGCUCCGAAGUGAAAUGUGGUUUUUGCCCCCACAAGUAUAAAUUUCGUAUAGUGAAGCCUAUUCUAUACUCCCGUAAUUUUGGAUCCCUUGUCUUGCACAAGGAUGUACUGCAUUAUAAUUUAAGAUUCUCCUUGCUGUUACAUGAAUAUAUGAUUUGAUUGCAGAUUCUAAGACUCGCGGACAAUGAUACUGAAGGUUAUACUUUGUCGACAAUGCUGUGGCUAACAAGUUGUUCCCUGACAUGUUGAAGAAGUUCAAUGACAAAGUGGUAUGUGAUGAAUUCUUACUCGCC